GUGACAUUUGACAAUUAUACAAUAACACAAGCUAAAACACUACACAUACUUUAUUUUUAGUUCUUAAAUGAGAAAUUCUUUGUAUAGUUAUGUUUAAAUGGAACUAGAAUGAAGAUUUAUAAAAUUCAUGACCUUGUAUAUAUUGAUUUCACAAAAGCUUUCCACUAGCAGCCACAGAACAAGUUUAUGUUGGCGGUUAUAGAUUACCCAGUCGAAGGUUGGAUAGAAGGUGUUGAGAUGAUUGCAGUCAAAGCUAGUUUGCAGACUAGUUAGAGGAUACGUCAGACAACAUUCAUCAAUCAGGCAAAAACAGUCUCACAAAAUGUUAAUGAAACUAGAGAACAUAAAAAACAAGGAAUUGAAGAGGUUUCUAGAACAUGCAUUUUAUAUUGCAAUCACAUUGAUUCUGAUACCUGCGUUCCUCUAUUUUGAAAUAUGUAUAGUAUUGCCUACAGUAGUGGAACAGUGGAGCUUAGCCUUCUUUUGUCAUCUGGGCUGUGCAAGCUUCUUGCUACUAAAUAUAAUGGGUAAUAUGAUUUAUGGAAUGUUUACUAACACUACAAUAAAAGGAAGAAACCUUGAAGGCUUUAACAAGGAUGAAUGGACUUUAUGUAGUGUGUGUGAAUGUUUAAGACCACCUCGUGCCUGGCAUUGUAACACAUGUGAUAUCUGUAUUCUAAAAAGGGACCAUCAUUGUACAUUUUUUGCAUGUUGUGUAGGGUACUUCAACCAUAGAUAUUUUAUGAUGUUCACGUUUUACAUUUUUGUAGCAAUGGUAUAUUCUUUUUAUUUUAAUGUUAAGUUUGUAUCUGUAUUCAUCACCUGGAACCAUGGGCUUAUCUUGGUAAAGUUUAUUUGUCCACUGGCCAGCAUUGUGAUUGACUUUGGUGAUGAGAGCCUCUAUGUGUUCUUAGUCGUCAUUAAUGUAUUAGUGGGACUCUUCACUGGGUUCUUGUUCAUAUACCAUUUUAAUAACAUCCUUAAAGGUAGACUAGUUCCUGAAACAAAAAACUACACUAAAGAUUUUAUUCAUAACAAAGGCUGGAAACUUAAUAUGAUAGAAGUUUUUGGUUCCCGGUGGUACUUAACUUGGAUUUCACCUUUUAUAAUUAGUAAAUUACCAGGUAAUGGUAUUGAAUGGCCUGUAGAUGAUAAGUGUAAAUUGUAUUAGUGAUCUAAAUAUUAAUUUACUUGUUAACUAUUUACAACAGUCCUUAUACUAACUUUACUAAUGAUGAACAGCUAUGUUGAGUCAUAAAAAUGCAUUUAUUUCUACAACAACCAAGACAAACUACUAAAUAGUUGAGAGUGCUUUAUUUUUCUAUAAAAAAAUUACAGUUGCAUGUCUUAUUUGGUCCCAUACUUACUGUGUUCGUUAUUAUUAUGUAUUGCCAUAAUAGAUAGGAUAUGAUAUACUUUGUAAAAAAUAUACCUCAAUGUUCAUAUGUGUACAAGUGAUAUAAAUGCCUUACUUAAUAUAAUGUAAAAUAUUUAAUUAUACACCUAGGUAAAAUGUAAAACAUGACAAAAAAAACGCACAAAUUGAAUUAUUUUUAUGUGGAAAUAAUGAUUUUAUUUGUACUUAUUUUAGUAAUGUACUUAAUGUUAACUUAAAUCAAACAUAAUGUGAAAAGGCAUUUAAAACACUAUUAAUUUGUAUAAUAUGUUUAUUCACCUGUGUAAAAUGUUGCAGUAAAGUUUUUACACUUUUA